GUCAGACAAGAGUGAAACCAACUUCCAUCUGAAGAGGAAAUUGUGAGAAAACGUGGGAAGUGGAUUGGACACAUUCAGGAAAUCACCAAACUACAUUACGAGGCAAGCGCUAACUAGGAAUCCUGAAUGAAAACGAUAAAUAAGAAGGCCAAUCAAUACACUGUGUCGAGAAUUGGAUGCAGAUAUCAAAAGUAUGAGUAGCAUCUGGAAAGAACUGGAAAGGAUUGGGCAGGACAGGAUUGGAUGAAGAAUGCCGAUUGGCGGCCUAUGUUCCGCUAUGGGGAGAAGGUAACAGGCGUAAAAAAAAAGAAGUCAUGUUGGCGAUCAUUCAUACAUUACAAAAUAAUUUGUUUCCAAAGAACUUUCUUAUUGAUGUUAAUAUUUGAAAUUUAUUUUUAUUUCUACAUCUGACAAUCAGGAUAAUGAUUACAUACAUUUUCAUUUGUGCAUUAUUAUCACCUAACAUUAUGAGUUCUUCUAAAUUUAAUACAGUUGGAUUAUUAUAUCCUAACAUUUCAAAACCAGAAGACACAAAAAUCUACCAAAGUAUUUCAUCUGACAAAGGUUAUGUGAUAAAAACAAUAACCAGUGCACCACUAUAUCGAAUUGUUAGUUAUUUCACUAAUCGCACAGAAGAAAGUGAAGCAAAAGUACAUGACUUACAAAUUCCUUACUCAAUGUAUUAUACACAUAUAUAUCUUGCUUGGAAAUCUGCUGAUCAAUUGUUAUCCUCUAUAACUCUACAAUCUGAUAAUUCAGAAAGUAAAUUGAACGGUGCUAAUUUAGUUUUAUCAACAUCUAAACUAGGUGAUAUGUAUGCACCUGGUAUGAUAACAUCAGUUCUUGACUUUGUUACAAAAUGUUAUGAAUGGGCUAAACCAAAUAAUCGACGAAUACCAUCUAGUUCAGCAUAUGUAUCAACACUUAGAGUUGCAUCAAAAGAUGAAAUUAAUCGAGCAUUAAUUAAAUAUACAGUAGAACAAUUUUUAAGAGCAACAACUUAUGGGUCAUAUCAUUUUGUUUGGGAAACGAAUUCAAAAAUGAAAGAAUUUAUGAAAGAAUUAAAUUAUGAACAAAUUACAUGUGGUGGUAAUCAUUCAUUUUAUAAUCCAUGUGAUUGGACAUUAAUGGGUUUAAAACCAGAAAUAGCUAAAGAACAAUGCCUAUAUCGACUUAUUAAUAAUAAAUCCAAUAUUUAUUAAUUACAUCAUUAUUAUUUAUCAGUUUUUUUUCUCUUAGAACAAAUAAAAAACUUUCACAUCAGGGAAAUAAAAGUAUCUAAUUUAAAUGAACAAUUGUAAAAAUGAUCAAAAUCAAUACUUCAGAGUAUGACUAUACGAAUAUAUAUAUCUACUGACAAUAUUAACCCUAACACAAUAAAUCACUGUUUAUGCCUUCUCACACUACAGAUUUUUUUCUUCUCUUACAUGUUGAGUUCAUUACAUCAUCAAUAAACAAUAAUUAUGUUUGUUUGUUUGUUUUUUUCUUCAGUCAACUUGUUUUUUCACUUUAUUGUUAAACUCAUGCAUGUUUAUGUUGUUGUUAGUUUUUUACUCUCUCUCCCUCUCCCUCUUGCUCUCUCUCUUUCUCUCUCGCCGAAACUUCCGAUUACCUUUUGCUUGUUAUGAACAUUAUUGAAAGUAUUUAAGUAAAUGUCUUGUUCAUUUAUUUAUGUCAAGUUACAUAAUUAUUAACACUAUUUUUAAACUUACUUUUUUUCCAACUAUUCGAUUUUUGUUUUCAGACAAUGUUGGAUAAUAAUUAAAAUCAAUAUGGUCAGU